ACCAAAGAAUCAUUGAAAAUUGUAAGGUUAUGUUAUACAGCGGUUGUUUUAGCAUUGUCAUUUUGUGAGUUUUCAGUUUAGAAAGAAUUAAUCUUUUCGUCAAAGAGAAAAAACAAUGGCUUUAAUGGAUCUAUGUGGGAUGUCCUUCCCGGAACAAAUGAAGGAUGGCAUGUUUAAUAACGAGGCAAUGCAACUGGGCCAGAAUUUCACCAAUAACUUGGAACUCUCUGUACCCCCAUUUGAUAAUCCAGCAGAAGCACUUGCUGAAUUCAACACAGAUGAGAGUGGAAAAACAAUUAAAAUCAAAUUCGAUCAUGGUACAACAACAUUGGGUUUCCAGUAUCAAGGAGGUGUUGUUCUGGCUGUCGAUUCUAGGGCCACUGGUGGCGCCUUUAUCGGUUCACAAUCAAUGAAGAAAAUCGUGGAAAUCAAUGAUUUUCUCUUGGGUACAUUGGCUGGUGGUGCAGCUGAUUGCGUCUAUUGGGAUAGAGUGUUAGCGAAGCAGUGUCGCAUGUACGAGCUCCGCAAUCGCGAAAGAAUUUCAGUUGCAGCGGCAUCCAAGUUGAUGUCAAACAUGGUAUAUAAUUACAAGGGAAUGGGUCUCUCCAUGGGCAUGAUGCUUGCCGGUUGGGAUAAGAGGGGACCGCAAUUGUACUACGUCGAUUCCGAAGGCACCAGGACUCCGGGUAAAGUGUUCAGCGUGGGAUCCGGUUCAAUUUACGCUUUCGGCGUUCUGGAUUCUGGCUACAAGUGGGAUUUGACCGAUGAGGAAGCCUACGAGUUGGGCAGAAGGUCAAUCUACCAUGCCACUCACAGGGAUGCUUAUUCUGGAGGUAUCGUCAGGGUUUACCACAUGAAGGAAAGUGGCUGGGUUCAUAUCGAUAACAAUGACUGUACCGACAUGCAUUACAAGUAUCAGGAGGAGAAGGAUAAGCUGGCCGCGAAGGAAGCGGAGAAAAUGAGUUAGAUUAUAAGCUGUUUCGUAUUUAAUUUUCUAAUGAAUAAAUUCAUAACGUAUUUUCCUUAAUCCUCAAUUUUACAAUAUUUUUGUUUGUAUUAUGAGCAGCGAAUUGUACGUGUUAAUUAUAAGGAUUUAAUGGGA